CUCCUCACAGACUCUCAGGGCUCUCUGCUGUGCUGCCCUUUCCAGACCCCGCUCCUGGUGGCCGUCACUGCCCGGCAGCCAGCUAUCGUCCACGAUUUGAUCCAGGCAGGAGCAGAUGUCAAUGCUGUAGACAACAAAGGGCAGUCAGCUCUGCACCUCGCUGCGACAUAUGGGUAUGCCCAGGUUCUCCAGGUGAUACUCUCACAAGGUCUCCCCCUUGAUUUAGAAAUGAAGGAUUUUGAAGGCCAUACCCCGCUGCACUGCGCCGUCCUGGCCCACAACACACUGCUGCGGGACCGGGGCCGCCUGGUGCUGCCAGAACAGCAGUGUGAAGAUCUGCGGCACCAGAGCCGGGAGCUGGAGACCUGCGUGCAGCAGCUGGUGCAGGCGGGAGCCUCCAUCUACAGCCGGGACGUGAAAAGCAACAAGACGGUUCUUCAUUACACCGUCCAGGAUGGGAACGUCUCCCUGCUCCGCUACUUCCUGGAGCUGAAUGCUUUCAAAUCCAAGGACUUCAUCAACAGCAAGGCUCAUGGAAACACAGCUCUGCACAUGGCAGCUGCGCUGCACGGUGACAAGAACCAGAAGGAAAUCGUCCAGUUGCUCCUUGACCACGGGGCUGACCCCAGCAUCCGAAACUUAGACAACGAUCAGCCGAUCCACAUGGCUCCUUCUGGGAAAGCUGGGGACCAGAUUAGGCAUUUGCUGAAGAGAGGGAAAGUCGCAUCGACAUUCAUUUCCUGCUGCCGAAAUGCCCGAUCCUAGGUUGCCUGCAGCUUCUGGAAUGGCUUCAACUUCAGCUUGCCAAAGGCACAAAGCGCCAUAGAACAACCACGAGGAUGGUUACCAGCAUGUCUCUGCCCCCAGAAUCUAUACACCGGAGUGGGAUAGCAGUGUUUCUCAACCUGUGGCCUUUGGACCAUGAGUAGCAUGGGAGAUAUCAAGAGAGAAGCUCUGAGAUGGUUGAAAAGCUUAUUUUGUUAACAGGGAAUGCUAAUAAUCCUGUUACACAAAUUAGCCAACAUUGAACGUGCAGCCACGCUUUGGUUUGGUGGCAAUGCAAGGCCAGAACACAAGGUGGUCCUUUGGCGAUAAGGGUUGAGAAAUACUGCUCAAAGCCAUGCUCACGUCCUGUGCAGGGGCACUGGGUGAAAUGCUGAAGCCUUUGUGAUGUGCAAUGACCUCGACUGUCCCUGCUAGCCUGGGAAUGCAUGAACAUGGGGGGGGGAGGGGAAAGGACUGGACUAAAGAGGUCGCACCAAGACUGGGGAGCUUCCAAGGGCACGGCUGAACUGAAGACCUCCAAGUGAGGGCUCCUGCAAGCUGCUGCUACUCCCGUUCUUAGCACUUUGUGGAAGGAAGCUGAAUCAGCUCUCCAUCGCCGCGGCCCUCGCCCCACCCCGUGGAAGGAGAGCAGAUGCUUGUGAGAGCGAGCACGAGGCGCAGGUUCUCUCCUAUCCCCAUCCCAUGUUAGGAAGUUCUUAUUCUUUCUGUGAAAUGAGUUGUGAAUUGCUGUGCAAUCAGCUGGCGGUGUGCGGGGCAAUAGGAGCGAAGGCAGGUGCCUGCAGGGGGUGAGAGCUCUGCUGUGACAGCGGUCACAGAGGGUGUCCCAUCCGCAGUGCACGUUCUGAAUGUUGCUGUUCUCUCAGCCUUGCACAAGUUGUUUUCUUCUAUCGGGACUGAGCUGAAGAAGGUGAAGGGCAAAUCUCUUCAAUCACCGCUGUGACUUCCUCCAUCACCCACUGACUCAAUGCGGCAGGGCUUUGUUAAGCACUUGUGAGUCUUGCAAACCCGGGCUGCUUCAACCACUGCUUUGCAGGCUCAAACAAAAGCUCUUAAGAAACGCAGGAAUCCUGAUUAGAGACCUUCUGACUUCCUCAUCCCUCCUCUGUGCUGGUUGGCUACUGCUUCUCACUACAUCAUGCCUACAAACCUGCCAGCGCCCUCUGACAAAAAAAAAGCAGAUGCACAUUUGCAUGUGUUUGCAUAAAUUUGCAUGUAUCUGGGCACGGGCCGGCUCAAGCAUGUGCUACCUUGCUUUGAUGGGAUGCUGUAACGAGACCCGAAUGAGUGAGAACUGCAUUGACGAGGCAAAGUGGUGGUCAAUAAAUUCUCUCUUUCUUGCCCUUGGGACAACCCCUCCCAGGGCUCAGAA